UUGUUUGCUCUUCACCUUUCAACCCAUAAAAGAAUGGCCAAUAUACAAUCAAAUUAACAAAGCAAUACUAACCUUCCAUAAAUUUUCAAUUAAGAGAGUUCGUAAGAGAAAAUCAAGCGAAAUAUGGGAGAUCCAAUAUUGAUUCUCUCAAGCUUUGUUUGCCUCUGCCUGCUUUUAGUUCUCUUCAGAUUCUUGCACAGAUUUUGGUGGACUCCAGUUUACAUACAGUAUCGACUAGGUUCAGGAAUUAAAGGUCCUUCUUACAAGUUCAUCCAUGGAAACACCAAAGAAAUGUUGAAAAUGAGAAACGAAGCCUUAAGCAAACCCUUGGGUUUAUUAGAUGAUAUAUUUCCCAGGGUACUGCCUCACGUUUAUACAUGGAUGAAUAAUUAUGGGAAGAACCACCUUAGUUGGAGAGGUGGCGAACCUCAAUUACUUAUAACAGAACCAGAGCUAAUCAAAGAGGUGUUAAAUAACAGAGACGGAUCAUAUCUAAAAGCGUCACUCCCGUUCUAUUCCAUGAAGCUAAUGGGCAAUGGAUUGGCGACAUCAGAAGGUGAACAGUGGGUAAAGCACCGCAAAUUAAUAAACCCUGCUUUUCAAGGGGAAAACCUGGGAAAAAUGAUUCCUGAAAUGAUUGUUAGUGUUGAAUUGAUGCUACAAUCUUGGAAAAAAUAUCAAGCGAAAGAGAUUGAGGUGUCUGAAGAAUUUAGGUUAUUGACUUCAGAUAUUAUAUCAAGGACAGCUUUUGGUAGCAAUUACUUAGAAGGGAAAACAAUUUUCGAUAUGAUGACAAAAUAUUCCAACAUUAUACGAAGGAAUAUUUUUAAACCAAGGUUUCCAGGCCUCAGUAAAAUUUGGAAAACCUCUGACGAGAUUGAAGGGGACAAGCUUUUAGGUGUAAUGCACAACUCCGUGAUGGAAAUCAUCAAGAAAAGAGAAGAAAAGGUGAAACUUGGAGAUAUAGAUUGCUAUGGUACUGAUUUUCUUGGAUUACUUUUAAAGGCAUAUCACGAUGUUGAUGAAAACAAGAGAAUCCUUGUACAAGAUUUAAUUGACGAGUGCAAGACAUUUUACAUUGCUGGACAAGAAACCAUCAAUUCCUUGCUUUCAUGGACUGUCUUGUUGCUAGCAAUCCAUACAGAUUGGCAAGACAAAGCAAGAGAAGAAGUGAUCGAGUUGUUUGGUCAUCAAAAUCCUCAUCCAAAUGACUUGUCUAAACUACACACUAUAAGCAUGAUAAUCAAUGAGGCCUUAAGACUAUAUCCUCCUACAGUCGCCUUUAUCAGGAGAAGUGAAAGAGAAGUUAGACUGGGGAAAUUCAUUUUGCCAGCUAACAUCCAGUUGUUCAUUUCAAAUUUGGUAGUUCAUCGUGACCCUGGAAUUUGGGGUGACGAUGCUCACUUGUUUAAACCAGAGAGAUUUUCAGGAGGAGUGGCUAAAGCUACAAGCAACAAUGUAGCCGCAUAUUUUCCCUUUGGGAUUGGUCCUCGGACCUGUGUAGGUUUCAACUUUGCAACUUUGGGAGCAAAGAUUGUUCUUAUCAUGAUACUGCAACGUUACAGAUUCACCUUCUCCCCAACUUAUGUUCAUUCGCCGGUUAUAAAUUUUUUACUCGUCCCGCAACAUGGAAUUCAGGUUAUCCUUCACUCUUUGCAAAGCGAUGAAGGUCCAAGUUAGAAAAAGAAAGUAGCAAGCCCCAAGAAAGAGAUAUGAAACACGGUCAUGUGUUACCUUAAACCAAAGUAUAUAACCUUAUGGAAUGCUCCAAUUAAGAUAAUAUGCAACUUUCUUUCUAUUAUUCUCAUUAAAA